UGGGGCUCCCUGCCUGCCAGGAGCUUAGAACCUCCUUCCUUCGUGCUCUCCCCGCCUCACUCUUACACACGCCCCAAAACUCCACCCCUAGGCACCUCCCGGGCCUCUGCCAGGUUGGGCUGCUCCAGGAAGUUUCUAUGAAAGCACCUGAAGUACUAAGUUACCUUUUCCAGGUAAGCACCAGUGAGAAAAAACCCUGCUGAGUUGUAGCCAAGAACUCUGGGCUCCACGGAGAGGAGACACGUUGAGAAGAUCUUGGGUCCUGGUGGCUUGUGGCUUUCUUCCUGAUGGCUUCCCCCGGAGGCCUCGGCAGCGACUGCUCCAAUGUUAUCGAUCACAGCCACGUCCCUGAAUUCGAGGUGGCCACCUGGAUCAAAAUCAGCCUCAUCCUGGUGAACCUGGUCAUCUUCGUGAUGGGCAUCCUGGGGAACAGUGUCACCAUUCGGGUCACCCAGGUGCUGCAGAAGAAAGGUUACUUGCAGAAGGAGGUGACAGAUCACAUGGUGAGUCUGGCCUGCUCGGACAUCCUGGUCUUCCUCAUUGGCAUGCCCAUGGAGUUCUACAGCAUCAUCUGGAACCCCCUGACAACGCCCAGCUACACCCUGUCCUGUAAGCUUCACAAUUUCCUCUUCGAGACCUGCAGCUACGCCACGUUGUUGCACGUGCUUACGCUCAGCUUCGAGCGCUAUGUCGCCAUCUGCCACCCCUUCCGGUAUAAGGCCAUGUCGGGGCCCUGCCAGGUGAAGCUGCUGAUUGGCUUCGUCUGGAUCACCUCCGCCCUGGUGGCACUGCCUUUGCUUUUUGCCAUGGGAAUUGAGUACCCCCUGGUGCACGUGCACAGUCACCGGGGUCUCUCUUGCAACCACUCGCUCACCCGCCACCACGAGCAACCAGAGACCUCCAACAUGUCCAUCUGUACCAGCCUCUCCAGCCACUGGACUGUGUUCCAGUCCAGCAUCUUCAGCGCCUUUGUGGUCUACCUCGUGGUCCUGGUUACCGUGACCUUCAUGUGCUGGAAUAUGAUGCAGGUGCUCAAGAGGAGCAAGCAGGGCACCCUGGACUGCAAGGGGCAGCAGGAGCAGCUGAGGAAGUCCGAGAGCCAGGAGAGCCGGGCAGCCCGGAGGCAGACCAUACUCUUCCUGAGGCUGAUCGUGGUGACGUUGGCCGUCUGCUGGCUGCCAAACCAGAUUCGGAGGAUCAUGGCUGCGGCCCGACCCAAGCACGACUGGACGCGGUCCUACUUCCGGGCAUACAUGAUCCUCCUCCCCUUCUCGGACACCUUCUUCUACCUGAGCUCGGUCAUCAACCCGCUCCUGUACACCGUGUCCUCGCAGCAGUUCCGCACGGUGUUCGGGCAGGUGCUGCGCUGCCACCUGACGCUGCAGCACGCCAACCACGAGAGGCGCCUGCGCACCUUUGUCACUUCCACCGGCGACAGCACCCGCUCCACGCGCAGACCGCUCAUCUUCGCGGCUUCCAGGCGCAAUUCCUCUGCAAGGAGACCUAACAAGGUUUUCUUAAGCACUUUUCAGAGCGAGGCCGAGCCCCAGCAAUUGAGUCUCGACCCACCAGAGCCCAAGUGGGAGACGGAACAAGCCAAUUCUGCCGCAGAGAAUGGUUUUCAGGAGCAUGAAGUGUGAAUGUCAAGGAAGGAAGCCUGGAGUGCUAAC